GCCGGGAGGCAGAGGCGGCCGUCGAGCCCAUGGGGUACAGUCAAGGAGGCGGCAAGAAGAAAGUCUGCUACUAUUACGAUGGUGAUACUGGAAAUUAUUAUUAUGGACAGGGUCAUCCCACGAAACCACACAGAAUUCAGAUGACUCAUAACUUGCUGUUAAAUUAUGGUUUAUACAGAAAAAUAGAAAUAUAUAGGCCCCAUAAAGCCACUGCUGAAGAAAUGACAAAGUAUCACAGUGAUGAGUAUAUCAAAUUAAUACGGUCAAUAAGACCAGACAACAUGUCUGAGUAUAGUAAACAGAUGCAGAGAUUUAAUGUUGGAGAAGAUUGUCCCGUGUUUGAUGGGCUCUUUGAAUUUUGUCAACUCUCCACUGGUGGUUCAGUUCGUGGGGCUGUGAAAUUGAACCGACAACAAACUGAUAUGGCUGUCAACUGGGCUGGAGGAUUACAUCAUGCCAAGAAAUCGGAAGCAUCAGGAUUCUGUUAUGUGAAUGAUGUUGUGCUUGCUAUCCUUGAGUUACUUAAGUAUCAUCAAAGGGUCUUAUAUAUUGACAUAGAUAUCCAUCAUGGUGAUGGUGUUGAAGAAGCUUUUUAUACAACAGAUCGUGGACUGUUUCCUUCCACAAGAGACUUGAGGGAUACUGGUGCUGGAAAGGGCAAAUAUUAUGCUGUCAAUUUUCCAAUGAGAGAUGGUAUAGAGGAUGAGUCAUAUGGGCAGAUAUUUAAGCCUAUCAUCUCAAAAGUGAUGAAGACGUAUCAACCCAGUGCUGUGGUAUUGCAAUGUGGUGCAGAUUCAUUAUCUGAGGAUAGACUUGGUUGCUUCAACCUAACAGUCAAAGGUCAUGAUAAGUGUGUAGAAGUUGUAAAAACUUUUAACUUACCAUUGUUGAUGCUUGGGGGAGGUGGAUACACAAUCUGUAACGUUGCAAGAUGUUGGACAUAUGAGACAGCGGUUGGGAACUCUGUGUUGUUUUGA